UGAGUAGUAAUCCAAACUAUUAAAGCAAACAGUACUAUAAAGAAAAGUAUUUCAUUGAUUCAAAGUAUUCCACCCAAAAAAAAUAUAACAAUUUGAUUUUAUAGAUUUGAACAGAACAAAGUUAUUAUUGUCUAUUCUUUCUUAGACUUUUAUCAUUCAUUCUGCGCUUGUUUGAGCUUUUCAACUUUGAUAUGGAAACAUUAAUGGAGGAUGAAGAAUAUAACUGGAGAGAAGUAAUUUUACCAUCUCUAAUACCCAAAGUUGCAGAACCAGAAUUAGAAAGGGAAACCGGAGAAAGAAGAAGGGGUAGAAACAUCCUCAUAGCUAUUGAUCAUGGUCCAAACAGUAAACAUGCUUUUGAUUGGGUUCUUCUUCAUCUCUGCAGACUUGCAGAUACCAUACACCUUCUCCAUGUUGUUCCAAAUGUUCAUAAUGAGAUCCUGUAUGAAACAACCCAAAUACUCAUGGAGAAAUUAGCUGUUGAAGCUUUACAAGUUUCUAUGGUGAAAACUGUCGCUAGGAUUGUUGAAGGUCAUGAUGUUGGGAAAAUGGUUUGCAAAGAAGCUAAAAGAUUGAAACCUGUUGCUGUUGUAAUGGGUACUAGAGGAAGAAGUCUACUUCAAAGCGUUCUUCAAGGAAGUGUGGGUGAAUAUUGUUUCCACAACUGUAAAUCUGCACCGGUUAUAGUUGUUCCUAGUAAAGCAGGUGAGGAAUCAAUGAUCUAAAAACGGAGAUUAUUAGAGCACGUGUCUCUCUGCUAGGGGGAUCAUUCGCGAUUUGAGACACUAGGAGGUGAUAUUCGCGAUUUGAGUUCGAAAAUCAUAUACAUGUACACCAAGAUAUGACUGAGCACUUGUUGCCUUGUUGUAUGAUAUUGUAUGUUAAGCUGUUUGAAGAGAUUUCUAGAGUUAUGUUCCACUUAUAUUUAAUUCUAUGUUUACUACCGAGUACCGCCGUACUGAAUCUUGGUACUGCUCCGUGAGUUAUGUAUGAAUUUUAUUACUGAAUUUGUUAAUCCAAAUUCACAUCUUUUGAGUGAAUUGUUCUUCUAUA